CUGCGCGCCCCCGCGAGUGCUGCGAGAGGAGCUGUCGGCAGUGAGAUCAUGGGAGAGUCCACGCUUGGAGAAAGUAGGUUAGCAGGGUAGACUGAGAGGAAAGCAAGCGGAGAGUCAGAGCGCAGAGGGGGGGCACCGAACACCGCGCGUCCACCGUGGGACUAUUCUGUCAAAAAAGUUGAGCCAAAUCUAUUCGCCAGUAACAGCUACCAUGCGAUCCAAAGCGACUUUCUUCACUCUUUCAUUUCGCUCGGACUUGACAGAGCGAUAGAGGAGAGGAGUUUCGGGUAGUUUUUUCCCCCUUUUUUAUUUGGUCGUGCUUAACGAGAGCUGUCUACAGCCGGGACGAAGUUAAUAUUUACAGAGCCAGUUCACCCUGGCUCCAGCGCAUUAUUCUCCUCUCUCCUGUCACCUACAUGAACCACAUGUAGUCGAGUUUUCACCGUCCAGCCUAGAAAAAGAAAACAUCAAAAUGAGAGCUCAGAUUGAGGUCAUCCCCUGCAAGAUCUGUGGGGACAAGUCCUCAGGAAUCCACUAUGGAGUCAUCACCUGCGAAGGCUGCAAGGGUUUCUUCCGUCGCAGCCAGCAGAACAAUGCCAUGUACUCUUGUUCCCGCCAGAGGAACUGCCUGAUCGACCGAACUAACCGUAACCGCUGCCAGCACUGCCGCCUACAGAAGUGUCUGGCUUUGGGCAUGAGCAGAGAUGCGGUCAAGUUUGGUCGUAUGUCCAAAAAGCAGCGUGACAGCCUCUACGCUGAGGUGCAAAAACACCAGAAGUCCCAGGAGUGUGUGGGCUCCGGAGGCGUGGGGGCUACUGCUCUGUCCUUACCCAAGGAGGACGGCGUCUGUGGUGGAGGGGAAGAUGGUGAAGAGGGUCUGAGCCGGUCCUACAGCAGUGGGGGCUCCAGCUCCACCCUCAGCGACCUUGAUGACCUGUUCGACCUGCCACUGACCCCCGAGGACGCCAGCGAGUACUGCAGCCUGGAGCUGCUCGGCGGAGGAGCCAGCACCGGGAAUACCUCCAACUCAUCGUCCGCUUCUUCCUCUUCCUCAUCCUUGUCCAAUCAGAAUUCCCCGCAGCAGACUAUGCUGGACGGGGCAGACAGCAACGGGAUCCAGCUCCUGCACACACACUCUCACACGCAUCCGCUGCUGGCACACACACAUGCACUGCUGGACCAUCUGCCUGAUGACUGCUCGACAACAGACCUUGAGCGCAUCACUCAGAGUAUUGUUAAGUCUCACUUGGAGACGUGUCAGUACAGCGCUGAAGACAUGAAGAGAUUCACCUGGGUACAAUACACACCUGAGGAAACACGUGCUUUUCAAAACAAGUCAGCAGAGUGGAUGUGGCAGCAGUGUGCACACCACAUCACCAAUGCCAUUCAGUAUGUGGUGGAGUUUGCCAAACGCAUUGCUGGCUUCAUGGAUCUGUGCCAGAAUGAUCAGAUUAUAUUGCUGAAAGCAGUAUCUUGGGCACUCUCUGUUCAUCCCUCCCCCUUCCUCCUCUUUCUUCAUCCCUCCAUGUCUUUGCCUCUAUCUGUGGCUACGCUUUCAGGCUGUCUGGAAGUCCUGCUGAUACGUAUGUGCAGAGCGUUCAACGUCAACAACAGCACCAUUUUCUUCAAUGGAAAGUUUGCCCCGGCUCAGUUCUUCAAAGCACUUGGUUGUGAGGACCUGGUCAGUGCAGUGUUUGACCUGGGAAGAGGACUUUGCCGUCUACAGCUCUCUGAUGAAGAAAUGGCUCUGUUUAGUGCUGCCGUCCUUCUAUCUCCUGAUCGACCCUGGCUAACAGAAGGCCAAAAGGUUCAGAAACUCCAGGAGAAAGUCUACCUGGCUCUGCAGCACAGCCUACAUAAGAGUGGUGCUUCUGACGAGAAACUGGACAAGAUGGUGUCCAAGCUGCCCAUAAUGAAGUCUAUCUGUAACCUCCACAUUGACAAACUCGAGUUUUUCCGUUUGGUCCACCCAGAGACCGCCUACAGUUUCCCACCACUAUACCGGGAAGUGUUUGGCAGCGAGAUGUCUCUGCCGGACUCCACCGACAGCUAGACAGACAGAUAGACAAACGAGAGAGAGAUGGAGAGAGUGUAUUAAGAGGUAGGGAAGCAAAAGGAGAGACAGAGUAGGAUAGAUGUUGAAGCACAACAACCAGCAGUUAAGAGACAAUCCAGGACUUUAAAUACUCCGUCUCCCAUGAUCCCAAAGUAGUCCUCCACUUUCCCAGCAGGCAAAGCACCUUACACUACAGACCACACAUGCUCAUGGUCCUCUGCAUAUUGUAGCAUUAACAACAAACGGAUGGGCAUCGUAAUAAUAACACAGCUGCCCACUAAGCACGAGACAGCUCCAAGCUCUAACACUUGUUGAACAUCAGAUCCACUGUGGAUCACCCAACCAGUUAUGAAUGUACCUCAUCGAUAAGCACCAGUGCACAAGCCAGAACCUAACAACAGUGAAUGUACAACCCUGCCACUCUGAGACAGAGUUUUACACAUAGUAUUAGAAUGAAGUCUUGUUGAUCAACAGGCCUCACUAUUAAUACAGCUCUCAGUCAAUAUUUCUCUCUAUAUUAAUACAUCUCAGUAUGGUGCGCAUGCGUAUUCAUACAGACAAUAUCCUUGUACUGACCAUCAUUUAGGGACCAAGAUCAUGAGUCAUUUUCUCUGAUAUAAAAAGAAACACACAGAUACGAUAUGGCUCACGGCUAAAGCUGACCUCCUUAAUCAGCUGAGAACCGGUCUCCCACACAUUUAGACAGUGUUCGGUGCUGCCUCUUUGUAGGCUCUUGUAAUGCAAUGAGAAACCUCAGUCCCACACACCCCUUUCCUUGUAAAUGCCACUUAGAAACAGGACAAGAUGAAAUUAUCUUUAAUUUAUAUACACAUUUAUAAACAAAUAUUUUAAAUAAGAAUGUAAAUAGAUGACUAUAUAAGUAUAUAUAUAGUAUAAGACUAUAUGGAGAGAGUUAGAAUGUGUGAGUCAGUUCAGAGAGAGAGGGAGAGAAAAGUGGAUAGUAAGGUGUGGGGGGGGUGGAUUUUUCACGAAAGCUGAUAUUUGGACUCAAAUCUUUUUCUGGACAAUUUCCUCUCUUGACAGUACUCUCAGGUUUCCAUGGCAACAGCCCCCUCUUGCCCCAAAGGCAAACCCAGCGGGGUUAGGCAUGGUCAUCACGCAAGCGAUGGAGUGGACGCAGUAGGGGAGGCAGCCUACCCAAACAAAGGCAGAAAAACAUUGCCUUUGUCUUGUCCCCCCCCCUGCCUAAAGAGACACAAGAGGACAAACGGGACAAGGAAAAGAGAAAGCAAGGCAAAAGAUGACUUAAUGAACUGUAUAAUAAAAUGGGAUACACAGGGUUUCCCCACCUGUUUCUAACCAGCAGUCAGUACAGUAGGUGAAGUAUAACUGUCUUUCACUCAUAAUGUCUCAGUUGGUUAAAGGCCGGGACAACGAUGACGAUGUAUCAUAAACCCUCCUCACUGGUUGGAGCAACUGUAUUAUUUUGUACAUUUGCUGUUCCUCUCUCCUUUAGUCCCAAACCCAACACUUGUCUGAAUACGAAGCACUUAAACUUUAUCCUCUUUUUCACUGGACACUAGUCUAAGGCCAGACAGAGCUACCAGCUGCCCCCCUGAGUUGGGCCUCAAUGCCAGUAAGACUUAAUAGUUUUCAGUCAAUCUGUUGUAUUAGUUUUGUUUUUUAAUCCAUAUCUGUCACACAAGGUCACGCAUAACUGUUUACAUUUUUCAUGUACAUAAAUAACUUUCUGAAGGUUGCUAUAGCAUUGAGAUGAUGAUGAUAAUGUCUUACUUGGGGUGCUGUGAAGUUCUUGUGCAGAGUCUGAGGACCUGCUGCCUGCCACUCAGGGAGCUAGCUGUGAUCUCUUGUCCCUUUAUUACCAGUGUCGUCUUUUAGCCUUGUGCUCCUCACACCUUUGCACCUAAGAUGAGACCCAUAACCAUAAUCACUGUGGUCGUAAGUUCUAUUUUUGUGAAUGUUAGUCACAAAGUGUCAAAGCCCUUCCUGUUUGUCCUAAUAUUGUAACAUGAAAUUUACAAGACAUAGGAAUAAAAAAAAGAAUCAGUUAGAGUCAAAGAUGAAUUUCAGUAUUGGGGUUUAAUGUUUCUUUUGCUGUGAUUUUCAUUUAUUUGUCAGUCUUUUAUCCACCUUUUUCUUUUCGUGUCUCCACUUUUGUCUUGUAAAGUCAGUGAUCUAAUUUUUUUAAUUGAAGAAAGAUUAGGAAAAGUACAAACAAAAAAGAAUAGUUUGUCUCCCUUCUCUUUCCCUGUAUGACGAAAUGUACAAGAGGUAUAUUACUAGUCUAAGAGUAACUGAGUCACACAGCGCGAUAUAUAUUGUUGCCCAAUGGGAUACAUUAUAUGUGGUUUUAAGAAUGUAAUAAAGGGUUUCUUUUUCUUUUGAAA